AUGGUUCGACUUCAGUAUGUGUUUCUGACUGUCUAUAUGGGUUUUGAGCGGGCUCGUAGUAUUACAGUAGACUUGUUGUCUGCUGCGAAAGAGACUGCUGCUCUCAGGUGUGCAAAAGAGCCGACGCAGCGUGUGGACUGUUACCCACCACGCGCCACAUUUCCAGAUCCGACGGAGGAACUAUGUCUGGCUCAAGGAUGUUGCUGGAAAAGUUUGGAUAAUGAAGGAAUUCCUUGUGCUUUUGCAGUUGAAGAACCACCAAAAACCGACAAGUGUGACAUUGUGGCCAAAUCAUCUCGUUUAGCGUGUCGAAACCCACGAUUUACAGUAGCUAAAGUACUGGAAGAUGCGGAUUCGUGUCAUCUUGCCGGCUGCUGUUUUGAAGCUGGCGAAUGUUUCCAACCAAUGAGCGACGGUUAUGAGCUACUUACACUGGAUGAAACGUCAAAUGGCUGGCGUGGUACACUUGCAUUGCGACAUGGAGGUCGAGGACCAUUUGGAAAUGAUGUUCCUCUUUUAGAGCUUAAUGUUGUAUGUGAAUCGUCAAACCAGGUGCGGAUUCGUAUUACGGAUCCCGCCUUUCCAAGGUAUGAAGUACCAGAUUUGCCAGUUCGACGUCAAGGUACUCAAAAUAUCAAAGGGAGCAAUUUGAAAGAUUCAAGUGACUAUGAGGUCCACUUUACUCCUUGGCCGUUCGGAAUAGCGGUAACUCGUCGCGGUACAAAUGAAGUUAUGUUCAAUUCAACGCCGCCAAUUGAGAUACAAGAUGAAGGUGCAAGUUUUAAUGGCUUGGUGUUUGAAAAUCAGUUUCUGGAAAUUUCAACCCAAUUGUCAACAAGUAAAGAUCAUGAGCCCGUUUUGUACGGACUUGGAGAGCGACUGGGCCCGACACGUCUUCGUGCGGAUAAAAAUGGCGAUUUGUACUCAAUGUUUGCUCGCGCUCCAAACACUACUACCCCGGUGCACACGCGUAGCGGUGGGGACAAUUUGUACGGAGUUCAUCCGUUUGUACUUCAACUGGGGGGUGGCCAGUCUAGCAAAGCUCACGGGAUUUUUAUGCUUUCUUCCAACGCGAUGGAAGUCGUGGCACGUCAGAGUGCGCUCACGUAUCGACUUACCGGUGGCAUUCUCGACUUCUUUGUCUUCUCAGGCUCAUCUCCACAACAAGUCAUAGAGCAGUAUACGGCUAUUAUUGGCCGUCCGGCAAUGCCUCCGUAUUGGGCCUUGGGAUAUCAUGUCGGCCUUGGUGGAAAAGUUGAUGAUGCGAUAAAUGCUGUGGCGCAGCUUCGUAUGGCUGGAGUGCCAAUGGAUGCGUACUGGCAAGACUUCAAUUAUCUUAGUGAUACUGGAAGAGCGUUUUCGCUGGAUGAGAACAAAUUUCCACAUAGUAUCCUGCGUGCGUUUAUUGAUGAUUUGCACUUUCACUCGCAGUACUUUUUGUGUGUUCAAGUCCCGGCCAUCACUUUGCACAACACGUCAAGUAAUAUGCAAAGCACUAGCGGCAAAAUGGCCAAGUAUUACGCUUUAACAAAGGAUAAUACGUCUCCUUUUCCUCAGACAUUUUUCGACUUAAGACAUGAAAGUAGCAUGGAGGAUUCAGCUGUCGGUGGCGAUGGUUCUCGAGAAAAGGAACAGGAUGUCAGUGGCCAUGACGAGGAGAGUCAUAGCAAAAUAUCUGGUCAGGAUUCUCGCAGCGAUUCAGAUGACUAUUCUGCAGGCGAGCGCAGUGAAGCUGGUAGUCAACGAGCUCAUUCCGAAGAAGACGACGGACUAGACUGGGACCCAGUAGUUCGGGGUGAAGAACUCGAUGUUUUUGUAAAGGGGGUGAAUGGAGAACGAUACGCUCAAAAGGCAUUUAGGUCGGGAUGGGCUGUAUUUGUCGAUUUCUUUCACCCUAGGUCUUUGCAAUAUUGGCAUGAGCAACUUGCGAAUUUUUACAAAUAUGUCAUGCCUUUCGAUGGGCUGUGGUUGGACAUGAAUGAGCCGAGUAGUUCUUGUGAUUGCACUUUGGCAGCUGAAGACGACAUGUGCACUCGUAUUUGUAUCGAGCGCCACUUAACCGUUGCAUCUCGCCAAGAUGAAAAAGGUGAGCCAGAGCAAUUUACUGUGCCGGAUGACGGUGGGUUUAUUCGAACAAGUGACGUAAACUUUCCAUUUGAUCCAUAUCGCCAGCCCUUCGUGCCGGGUCAGAAUGAAGUUAACUCUGGAGGCCACGGCAAUUUGAAUUCGGCCACGCUACCGAUGGCGGCACUGCACUAUUCAUCGUUGCACUACAAUCUUCAUUCACUGUACGGUCAUGCCCAAGCUCGAGCUACACGAAUGGCCUUGGAUGCGAUCGUCAAAAAACGAAGUGUGCUGCUUUCUCGCGCAACUUUUUCCGGCACGGGACAAUACGCGGGUCACUGGUUGAGUGAUAGCGGUGAGGCAUCGUGGGAUCAGCUUCGUUUGUCCAUUUCAGGAACGCUUAAGAUGAAUUUACUUGGAAUUCCUUUAUCAGGGCCCAAUGUAUGUGGCUCGCGGGGUAAAUCUUCGACAGAACUUUGUGUGCGGUGGCAUCAAGCUGCGUCACUUCUACCUCUGCUUCGCAAUCAUGCGAUCAGUGGCGAAAGCAAGCAAACUCCUGUCGACUAUGAUGCGGAGGCUUUGAAUAUAUUACGCUCGACGCUACUACAACGAUACCGCUUUUUGCCGUACAUGUAUACACUCUUCUAUGAGGCUCAUCGUUCGGGAAACCCUGUUGUUCGACCGCUAUCGUUCGAAUUCCCUAGUGACAAAAAUGCUCGAGAUAUUGAGCAUCAAUAUCUGGUCGGUUCAGCUUUGAUGGUAUCGCCGGUAGUACAUGAAGGAGCAAUUUCUGUCGAGGUUUAUUUUCCGAAUGCUUGCUGGUUCGAUGCUCAAAGUGGAAAGUUAGCGCUGGAUCCUGCAAUAAAAAAUAAUCAACGUGUAAGUCUACUGACUCCAUUGUCGAAACUUCAAGUCCAUCUUCGUGGGGGCACUAUUGUUCCAACGCAGCAAUCGCUAACAACAACUGCUCUGUCUCGACGUGAAGGCUUUACGCUUUUGGCCGCAUUGACUCUUUCACAAGACAAUUCGUCAGCAUUUGGAGAAUUGUACGUAGAUGAUGGAGACUCGUUAUCAGCAAUAGAAGAUCAACGCUACUCAUUGAUGCACUUUACUGUCCAUCAGAAUUCGAAAGAUUCUGUCGAAUUUAAAAGUACUGUCAACAUUCAUGGAUAUGAUGGACCGGAGAUGCAUGCCGACUUAAAAGAGAUUCGAUUAUUUGGUGUACGCGGCGAUGGUUUUGCAGCUAACUCAUCCAUGGAUGUCACUUUGGUAUCAAAACAAGGUGCAACCUCCCAGUCGUCUAUCAAGGCUGAUUUUUUUGCGCAGUCCGAGAUGCUGGUUCUGUCGCGUUUUGAUUUGACUAUCGGGCAAGAAUUUCAAGUCAAAGUGGUAGCACAACCAGCUGCAACACCCGAAGGUGGACAGGAGGAAGCAGGUAGCAAAUCUGUUGGAGCAAACGCUUCAGGGAAUUCCGAGAGUGGAGAAGAGAGUGGUAAAGGUGAAGGCAAGAAAUCUAUCAAGAAGUCAAAGUUUUCGAUCACUAGUAUCGUUGGUAUCGUUGCGGGCUGUGUAUUCUUAGCUAUCAUUUUAAUUCUUUUGUUUCGUCGUCGUCAUCGAGGAUAUGAGACGAUAUGA